GACUCAUCCUUUAUAAAUAUGUUUCGUCUGAGAACUCUUUGUGCAUUCUCCUGGAGAGAGUUUCAGUUUCGAUCCUUCAGUUGUGAACCCUUAAUUAUUCAGAUGAAUAAGUGUACAGAUCAAGAGCAAAUAUUUGAUCUUAUAGAAAGAAACAAAGAGACACUUUCAGAAAAGCAAGUUGAAUGUGCAUUUAAUAAUCUUUGGCAACUUCAAAAGCAGAAGACCAGCUUGUUAAAAAAUGUUGAGUAUGUAGGAGAUCAUCCCCAAUUUCUUACUCUGCAUAAUUUGACUACAAAUAAAAUCAAAUUAAUGAAUGAUGAUACUCUGGUGAAUGUGUUAUACAUCACACAACAGUUCGCUGUUAAGGCCCAUGAUCCAUUAAUUCAAGCACUAGUUACAGAAGCAUGGAAAAGGAUGGAAAGGUUUGAUAUUAAAGUACUAUCUACAUUUUCCACUUGCCUAGCAGAUCAACGUUUGUAUUUCAGUCCACUAAUGGGAAAAAUAGCUGAUAUUGUAAAUAGGAACUUGGAAAACAUACAGGACUUAAGGUCCUUGUGUGUCUUGAUGGUCAACAUAUCUUCUUUAAUAUCACAACAUUUUCAAGAACAAUUAGUGAAUAAAACAGAGCUUCUUUUUGACAACAUGAGUUCUCCUGAGGUCGACAUUGCAAAAAGAAUAGUACAAUUUCUUCAAAAUGUUAAAUAUAGAUAUUACCCUCUAUUAGAGAGGUGUAAUAAAGUGUUUUUAGAUAACAUAAACUACCUUGAUUUGGAUUCCGUCAGUAAAAUAUUUGAUGGAUAUCAGUUCCUACAGUUUUAUAGUUUUGAAUUUGUUAUAGUGGCUAAAAAGAGGCUAACUGAGAUGAUUCCUCUCUUUGAUAACCCUGCAAGCUUUGUGAAAUUGUUUGUUGCAUUGGGACCAGUGGCAGGACCUGAAGAAAAGAAACAACUUAAAUCAACCAUGUUAUUGAUAUCAGAGGAGCUCACCAGCCAGCAAGCCUUAGCAGUGGUGAAAGCAAUGGAAGAUAUGGAAAGCAGAAAUUCACAUUUGAUUAAAAAAAUUGCUUCAGUUUUGCAUAAACAUUUGGAUGACUAUAAACCAGUAGAGUUAUUGAAGAUAACUCAGGCAUUAAUUUUUCUACAUUUUCAAAGUAAAGCGCUUUUUGUGAAACUCAGAGAAUUGCUGCUUAGUUAUUUGAAAGUUAGUGUCAUACCGAGUGAGAUUUCCAUCCUGGUCUAUGCUAUUUCCAUGCUUCCUUCUCCUCACCUAGAUGAAGCAUCAGUAUCCCGAAUUGAAGCAGUUUUACCACAGUGUAACCUAUAUGGCUUGAAUGAUUUUGCCACAUCUGUUUUAAGAUGGAUUCAGUAUGAUCACAUGCAUAUGAGUAGCAUUACUGGGAAACAACUGAAACUACUUCAAAAAUUAGAUCACUACAGUCAUCAGAGAUUACGACAAAGCAACAAUUUAGAUCUGUUAUGGGAAGAAGUUAAAUCUUUAAAAGAAGACUGGUUUCGUGAAUCUCUUGUUGAAGAAACAAUUGCAGCUUUACAUCGUUUGAUGGAUGGAAUGAAUUGUAUGAACGUUUCAAAGAUUGCAUCUUUUAUAUCUAGAACUAACUACCUCAGUACUUUGCUACUUGAUAAGAUAGCCUCAGUGGUUAUUGAGCAGAUUGAAAAGAUCCAUCCUUUUUCAAUUCUUGCUAUUAUUCUUCCAUUCAGCAUUUUGAACUAUGAUCCACCUCAAAGGAAUGAAUUUUUGGGGACAUGCAUGCAAUGCCUUAAUUCUCACUUAGGUACAUUGGAUCCUAUUAUGUUAGUGUUUCUUGGUUUCUCUUUGGCAACCCUUGAAUAUUUUCCAGAAAAUUUGCUGAAGACAAUUUUUAACAUCAAAUUCUUAGCAAGAUUAGAUUCUCAACUUGAAAUUUUACCAUCAUCACUACAUUCAAGGGUCCAGUUUCGUCUUAUGGAAUUAAAUAGAGCAGUCCGCUUGGAAUGCCCUGAGUUUCAAAUUCCAUGGUUUCAUGACCGCUUCUGUCAACAACAUUAUAAUAAAGAUACUGGCAGCAUGAAUGGAGCACAAGUGCAAAUUUAUAAAAUGUUAGCAGAGGUACUAGGAGGAAUCAAUUGUGUAAAAGCCUCUGUUCUUUCGCCUUAUUACCACACAGUAGAUUUUGAGUGUAUCUUGGAUAAAAGAAAAAAACCUCUUCCUUAUGGAAGCCAUAAUAUAACUUUGGGAAAACCACCAGGAAUGUACUGGGAAUCAAAUACCCAAAUAGUUGGAUCAAGUCUUCUACCAGGAGUUGAAAGGAUUGCUUUCGAAUUUUUGGAUUCAAAAGCUUUUUGUAGAAAUGUCCCUCACAUAAAAGGAAAAUCUGCUAUGAAAAAACGACAUUUGGAAAUUUUGGGAUAUCAUGUCAUUCAGAUCCCUCAUUUUGAAUGGAACUCUAUGGCACUGUCACAAAAAGAUGCUCGGUUGGACUACUUGAGAGAACAUAUAUUUGGAGCAGGCAAAUCAUGAUUGUAAUUUUUAUUUAAAAUGAGUUCUUAUGGUGUGUCACAUAUGUAUGUAUUUUAAUUAAGUGGACUGACUCAUUAAAAAAAUAGUAGGUGCAAAUACGCUGAGGUGGCAGAACAAGUGGGAAGUGGGGUGGGAGUAUGAUAAAAGGAAAGUAAGCAGUAACAGUCAAUAUUCCAACCUCAUAGCCUCUCUUAGUGAGAUGAGAAGCCAUUGGAGGGUUUCAAGUGAGGAAUGAUGAAAACUCACAUUUUAACUGCAUCACACUAGUUGCUCUGUUGAGAUGAGAAAAAAUUACUAAGGAACAAAUGUAUCAGCAGCCAAGAAAUGGAUUGUGACUAUUUAAAGAACAUUUCAAUACUCCAAGCAAGAAAUGGAUGCUGGCUUGGAUAGAGUAGUAGCAGUGAGUGUAAUGAAAAGUGGUUUUCACAAUGUAUUUUGAAAGUAAAGGCAACAGAAUUUGCUCACUGAUGGAUAUGAGGGAAGAGAGAAACAAAAUUCAAUGAUAAUACUAAAUUUUUGUCCUGAGCAACUAACUAAAAAGGUAUUGCCAUUAUGGGGAAGUCUAUAGGAUGAGCAAGAUGGGAAGUAGGCAUUGGUGAAGGAUCAUGAGUUUGUUUUAGACAUGUUGAGUUUAUAAUGCUUUUUAACAUCUAAGUGGAGAUAUCAAACAAUUCAGUAAAUGAGUUAGCAAGUAAGGAGAGAGAGUUCCAGGCUCCAGAUACAAAUUUGAAAAUUGUCAUUGGUAUUUAAUACCACAAGACUAGAUGAAAUCACUUGAGAGUAGAGAAAUGUGUGAGGAGAUACUUGAGGACUGAGCUCCAGGUGCUCCUGCAUUGAGAGCUUAAGAAGAAACAGCAAAGGAGGCUGAGCAGGGGUGGCCAGUGAGGUAAGAAGAAAAGUCAGAGAAGGUAUUAAUACUUCCUGGAAGCCAAAGAUGAAGCAUUUAAAGGAGGAAGAAGUGAGACAUUAUAUCAAAUACUGCUAAUAGAUUAGGUAAAUGAAGCACUGUGAAAUGCCCCUUAAAUCUAACAACAUGAGUCUAAGCCUAAGAAAGAUCCUGGGUUUGCAUCGUCUUCACCCCCAUACAUACAAAAUGGCAACAUAAAAAUCACUAACUUUGAAAAAUGAUUUUUGUUAAGUUGUGUGUGAAAGCCUGUUUUCCAAGAGAAAGUAGGAGGAGACAUGAGUUUUCUUCUAAAUGGAAACAAAUAGGGUGGUAGUUUCAGUGGUCCAAUCUUGGCCUGGUCUGAUCUUUCACAUGCUAAGGUUAUAGUGAUUUUUUUUUUCUCUGUAUUUUAACACAUUUACAAUAAAGUAGUUAUGAAGGA